AUUCUAAAACAUUAUUUAAGGAUCUGCCACUGCUGCUACACACAGUUCCUUUUUUUCCUUCUUCUCACUCAUUUUCAUCUCUCUCUCUCUCUCUCUCUCUAUCUGACUGCUCUGAGUUCAUGGAGAGAGGGAGACAAUGCCUGUUUCUGAUUGGCUGAAAGCAGAUGGGAAGGUACAGCCUCUGGACAUAAAUACAGAGAGCAGUCAGUAUGCAUUUUAAAGCAUCAUCCUCUGACACACAACUCCACCGCUGCAAUCCAAACCACCUGCAGAGAACUAUAGGUGAAGGGACAAAGAUAAUCUGCAGAGAUUAUCAUCAUAUCGCUUUCCUAAUCCACCAUGUCCUUUGUGGUUAAGGAAAAGGCAGAGGUGCGGCUGGUGUUUUUGGGAGCUGCCGGAGUUGGAAAGACAGCUCUCAUCCAACGUUUCCUCAAAGAUACCUUUGAACCCAAGCAUCGGCGCACAGUGGAGGAGCUCCACAGGAAGGAGUACGAGGUGGGAGGCAUCAAAGUCACCAUCAACAUCAUGGACACCAGUGGCAGCUACUCCUUCCCUGCCAUGCGUAAGCUCUCCAUCCAGAACAGCGACGCCUUCGCCCUCGUCUAUGCCGUGGACGACCUCCAGUCUCUGGAAGCUGUGAAGACUCUUCGAGAAGAGAUACUGGAGGUCAAAGAAGACAAGUACACGCCCAUCGUUGUCAUCGGAAACAAAAUUGACCGCCACAAUGAGCAACAAGUGUUCACCAAGGAUGUGCUGUCCACGGUGGAGCUGGACUGGAACCACAGCUUUGUGGAGUCGUCAGCCAAAGAGAACGUCAACGUGCUGGAGGCGUUCAAGGAGCUGCUGCUGCAGGCCAACCUGCCCAGCUGGCUCAGCCCAACCCUGUGCCGCAGGAGAGAAACCAUUCCAAAAGAGAGCCCCAAACGACCUCCGAUGAACAAGACCAACAGCUGUAGCAUAUCGUAGUCAUGUGACUUCAAGAGCUCGGACAUGAAGGCCCAAGCAAAGAGGGAGAAGUCUCUGUUGUGGGGAAACUGACAGGUCAAACGUCCAGUCGAGUGUUUAAGGUGUACAGAGUAGACACAUGAUGUCCCCUCUCACCACGCCACCGCAGGAGCAAUUGUAUUGAUAACCAGAGAAAUUACCCCGGCGACAAGAAAGUAAUCUGAAAGUGUGCAGACAUAUUUAACUGCAGUGUAAAAAGAGUCAUGUUGCAAAUUUGCAUUUUGAUUUUUCACUCUCACCUUUGUAUUCAUUUCAUCUUGGGGGUAUUUUGUGCUGCUACUGUCUUUAAAAAGCACAUCAACUAUUGAGGCAAUUUUAUUUGUUUCAAUGUGGUUUUUCUAUGUCUUUUAUGAAUGAACAAAAGUGAGGAAUAAAAAGGUGGAGUUGUUUAUACUGUAAUCUGCACAUGUAAACUGUCAUUCUGACAUAUUACCGUACCAUUUACUGCAGUUUGUUGUCAAUGAAUUGUUUACUUUACUCAAUGUUUAAAUUAAAAUGUCUUUUUUCCUUUUCUACAAAUUCACAAAAUCUACAAAUAAAAACAUUUUUUAUAUGACUAACGUGAAUGUUGUGCAAAGGUUACUUUUGUCUGCUAACAUUUUUUGUAACAACAAUUAAAAAAUACUGAAAUUA